AUGUUGCGUGCUUUUCUCCAUUUCUUCUUUUUCUUUUUCAUUUAUAUCUUUCCUUUCCUCCCUCUCUCUCUCUUAUUUCCUUUUCCCUCUCUCUCCCCUCUUCCUUUUCACCUCUUUCCUUUCCCCUCUCUCUCCCCUCUUUUCCCUUUCCCCUCUCUCUCCCUCUUUCCUUUCCCCUCUCUCUCCCUCUUUACCUUCCCCUCUCUCUCCCCUCUUUCCUUUCCCUUCUCCUCUCUCUCCCCUCUUUCCGUUCUCUCUCCCCCUCUUUCCUUUCCCCCUCUCUCCCUCUUUUCCCUUUCCCCUUUCCUUUCCCCCUCUCUCUCCCCCCUUUCCGUUCCUCUCUCCCCUUUUUCCUUUCCCCUCUCCCCUCUUUUCCUUUCCCUCUUUUCCCCCCUCUCUCUCCUCUCUUUCCCUUUCCCACCUCUCUCCCUCUUUCCUUUCCCCCCUCUUUCCCUUUCCCCUCUCUACCUCUACCUUUCCUUUCCCCUCUUUCCUUUCCCCCUUCUCUCUACCCUCUUUCCGUUCCUCUCUCCUCUUUCCUUUCCUCUCCCUCUCUAUCCUUUUUCCUUUCUCUCUCUCCUCUUUAUUUUCCUCCCUCUCUCUCUUCCCCCCCUCCAAAUCGACCAUUCGCUUCUUUCAUGUGUUCCCCUGUCCAUCUUUCACAUAUUUCCUUCUCUCUUUGUUUUUCAUUGUGGCACUAGCAAAAUGACUAAAAGCAAUCACCUUCAGUAUUUUCACCUUUUUUUCCUUCUUUAUAUUUACCUUCAAAUCCUUUUGAUUUUUCUUGAUUUUUUUUUUUCACUUUCCGAUUCCUUUCUUAGAUUUAUUCAUCACUUAAAUCAUUUACUUCAGAUAUUUGCUACAUCUCCCUCUUUUCUUUUUAUUUCGUUCGCUGCAUUUCUUUGA